AGGGGAGAGAGGGUGAGACAACGUUUGAGGCGGAACAAGCUGACAACGCGCUCCCUCUGGCUGUCAAACAAGUUGACGUUGUUGAAGGAGUAUGCGUGCUCUCUGAACUAACACACAACUGCGCAAAGUAGGAGCGUCACCUCCGUUUAGUCCACAUGCGUUUGCAAACAUGUCUGUGGACUAGUGUUUGUUGUGGUUAGAGUCCAUGCCCCUCAAACCGAGCCAAUGCCGAGUAAUGGAUACUAGCGUCCCUGGCAAAGAUGGAAACAUGGUCACGAGUGAUGAGGAGCGUUUGGACGCGCUUCACCAGUGCGAACUGAUCCAGAACCUGAUCGAGAUCUCCAUCUCCAGCCUGAAAGGGCUCCGGACCAAGUGCGCGGCAUCCAACGACCUGACCCAACAUGAGAUACGCGCUUUAGAGGUGAAGCUGGUGAAGUACAUCAGUAAACAGUUGGAGUGGAAGCACAGCGUUCCAGAGUGUGACAGACCGCUGGCCUUGGACUCUUACCCGUACCUCAAAGACUGGCUCUAUACCAUCAACCUCAGGCCAGACCUCAUAGAGGCGGUCCCUGUGAAACUUUCUCUGGAUGCUCUCCUCCAGAUGUCCACUGCUAAGGUUGAAGAGACCAUGAAGCGUCUAGGUUCCAACAGUGAGGAGUGCUCUCGUAUCACCACUGCCCUCUCCUGUCUGAAGAGCGCUACUGACACAGGAGGAAGGCUUAAGAAAGAAGGUAUCCCAUGGAUAGCAGAACCCGCUCAACGUGACAACAGUGCCGAUCGGGCCCGACCUUACAGUCCCAAGCCAAUCAGUCGACCCCCUCUCACCCCUUAUGCCUUGCCCAUCCCUCGUUCCUGCGUCUCGGUGUCCUCCCUUCCCUCUUCGGACUUCCCUGUGGUUGUCCACACCCGCUGCGAUGGGCUGACGGACGCUUUUCCAUCCUCCCAGACACUCAGCUACUCAGGGCUGCUGGCCACCCCUCCGGCCACCCCGCCGCAGAAAAGGUACGGCAAGCUAAAGACCCCACGAACCCCACCACCACCCUCCCGCAAGCUGCUCAACCUUCUGCCCAACAUCACCCUCACCCGGAGCAAGAGCCAGAGCCAGCUGGCAAACCGGAUAGACGACCCUACACCCAACAAGAGCGGGAAGAAAAACAAGCCGCUGCUGAACGUGCAGGUGAACGGUGGUGUAAAUGGCUGGGACGACUCGCUGUCACGAUCACCACUGCUGUCAGCACGGUCCCCCUACAUCCUACCAAACACCCCCGCUCACCUGGGAGACCCAGCGGGUCGAGGAAACAACAUUGCAACACACGGAAACUCUCCAGUAACUUUGAGGAAGGGCAUCCGUCUUGAAGUCACACACAGGUUUUCCACCAAGUCCUGGUUGUCUCAGGUGUGCCAGGUGUGCAAGAAAAACAUGAUCUUCGGUGUUAAAUGCAAACAUUGCAAAUUAAAGUGCCACAACAAAUGUACCAAAGAAGCCCUAAAGUGUGGAAUAUCAUUUGAUUCAUUACCAAACAAGAUCAGAAGAACAGAAUCAGUCCCGUCAGGUAUAAACAACCAGAUAGAGAGACUCACCGAGUCUCAACAGUUUGGAACGCUACCAAAGGCAAUAAACAAAAAGGACCACCCUGCAUCACUCAGUCACCUGGACUCCAGUAGUAACCCCUCCUCUACCACGUCCUCCACCCCCUCUUCACCCGCCCCCUUUGGUCAGAGCAACCCCUCAAGCGCCACCCCACCCUCCAACCCCUCCCCUAAGGGUCACGUUGACAGUCGCUUUAACUUCCCAGCUGCCUGCUACUUUCAGCAUAGACAACAGUUUGUCUUCCCCGAGGUAUCCAGUUCCACACAUCCAGAUGGAUCUAAUAACACAGGAGACACGGAGCAGGUGGACGGACACAUCAGUCAGCUGUCAACAGGCCAAAGGGAAGCUGUGGAUGAGGAAUGUGAUGAAGAGCAAACAGAGGAGGACGGUCAGGACCACGAGGAAUCGGGUGAUGAAAGCGAAGGCGACGAGUUAGACGAUCUGCCUAGCUCUAGACGCUACUUGAAGGAUUACAUAAGCCGUAAGGCUAGCCAGACCAGCGUAUACCUGCAGGAAUGGGACGUACCCUUCGAGCAGCUGGAGCUGGGAGAGCUCAUCGGUAAAGGCCGAUGGGGGAAGGUGUGCCGAGGCCGGUGGCACGGAGAGGUGGCGGUUCGCCUGUUAGAGAUCGACGGAAACAACCAGGAGCACCUGAAGCUCUUCAAGAAGGAGGUGAUGAACUAUCGGCAGACGCGACAUGAGAACGUGGUGCUGUUUAUGGGGGCCUGCAUGAACCCGCCAGAUCUGGCCAUCAUCACAAGUUUUUGUAAAGGACGGACGCUGUACUCUGUUGUCAGAGACUCAAAACUUGACAUCAACAAGAUAAGACAAAUCGCUCAGGAAAUCGUAAAGGGAAUGGGCUACCUCCACGCAAAGGGAAUCGUGCACAAGGACUUGAAGUCGAAAAACGUGUUUUACGAUUCAAACAAAGUGGUCAUCACCGAUUUUGGUCUGUUUGGGAUGUCGGGUGUGGUGCAAGAGGACAGGCGAGAGAAUGAACUGAAACUUCCACGAGGAUGGAUCUAUUAUCUGGCGCCUGAGAUUGUGCAGAAGAUGAGACCAGGACAACAUGAAGACUGUUUGCCAUUUUCAAAUGCUGCUGAUGUUUAUGCCUUUGGCACUAUCUGGUAUGAACUUCAAGCCAAAGACUGGCCCAUCACCAACCAGCCGGCUGAAGCUUUGAUUUGGUUGCUAGGAAGUGGAGAAGGCAUUAAAAGGUUACUGGCCCAGAAGGGCACCAGCCUGGGCAAGGAGGUCACGGAGAUCCUGUCAGCCUGCUGGUCGUACGAGGUGGAGGACAGACCUACAUUCACUCAGUUGUCAGAUUUACUAGAGAGACUUCCCAAACUCAACCGUAGGCUCUCACACCCCGGACACUUCUGGAAGUCUGAGGACGCUUGGCAUCAUCACUGUUUGCGUGAACACUGCAGUCAGGGGCUGCGCUCUCGCUGUCCCUACACGUACAAAUAUGACGGACUGAACACGCCUGCUGUUAACAAUAACUUGGCUGCUUCAUUCAAAGAAAGCAACUGAGUCUCUUUUUCAUUUUCUCUUUUUCUUCUGAGCCGAUGAUGUUUUACAGAUUUCAUUCAUGUUGGUGUCCGUUCUCAGCAUUACAUGGAAUUGGAGUGAACUGUGUUUGUAAAUGAAACGUUUGCUGUUGACUUUGGAUUUCAGCACUUUAGUUCAGUUUGCAGACUUUGGCAUGACCUGUUUUUUCAAAUUCUCAUUUUGUGAAUGAAAUGAGAUCUCCCCUGAUGUCCACUUAUAAGGGAUAAAUUCACAUUUUAUCUGGCCACUGUCAAUCUGUUCAUUUUAGUUCAUAAUCAGGAUUAAAUUAAAACUAAUAACCAUUUACAAGAUACAAACCCUUGACUAGAUCAGCAGGACAACGUUCAGGAACUUUUAAUGUAUUACCUCUCUUUUGAGUUUGUGUGUGUGUGUGUCAGAGUAAGUGUACGUGUGUGAGUGUUCGCAUGCAGUCUUGGGUGAUUUACUUCUGCUGUUGUGGUGAUUGUGUGGUUGUGAAAAACGAGAGGCCUUUUGUGAAAGGUUGCUUUAACAGUUUCCAUAACAGACAACUUCAAAGACGUUUAAAUAAAGAACUUGUUUUAUUUAUUGUACAGCUAAAUUUCUUAUAUGAUUUGUACAAAAUUUUAUAUGUUUCACUGCAAUUUUUGGGAAGGUACUUUACUCCUGUUGUACAGCUCUUUGUAUACAAAGUAUCGCAAACGCGAAAUGUACAUUUCUAGAAUGAGAUUGUGGUCGUAUUGUAUGAAUUCAUAUUUUUGUAAAGCUCGUGACUACUCGUCUGUAAACAAUGUUGUUUUAACUUUUAAAAACAAUAAACAAAACAAAUAUUUAUUUUUCACUUUUAUGGUAUCACAGAA